GUUCCGCCUGGACAUCUACCGCUGCCUUGCCAGCCCAUCUCUGAUCAUGCUGACUGAAGAAGAUCCUAUUCUCAGAGCCUUUGAGCUGAGUGCAGACCUCAAGGAGCUCAGCCUGGUUGAGGUGGAGUUCAGGAAUGAUUAUGAGGAGCUGGCAAAGCAGUGUAAGAUGUUUGCCAAGGACCUGCUGGCUCAGGCUCGAAACUCUCGAGAGCUAGAAGUGAUUCUCAACCACACAUCCAGCGAGGAUCACGUUGACAAGAGAGGCUUACUGGAGGAGCGCAUGAACCUCAGUCGACUCAAGCUUGCUAUCAAGUACAACCAAAAAGAGUUUGUGGCUCAGUCCAACUGUCAGCAGUUCCUCAACACCGUCUGGUUUGGGGAAACGGCCAGCUACCGGCGCAAACACACAUGUCUAAAGAUGGCCACGGUACUGAGCGUGGCCAUGCUUUGGCCGCUGCUCUCUGUCUGCUACCUUCUGGUGCCGCGAUCCCGCGUGGGCCAGAUCAUCCAUACACCUUUCGUCAAGUUCAUCAUCCACAGCGCCUCCUACUUCACCUUCCUGCUGCUGCUCAACCUGUACUCAUUGGUCUACAACGAGGGCAAGAAAAACACCAUGGGCCCUGCGCUGGAAAUGAUAGAUUACCUGCUCAUCCUCUGGAUCAUAG